CAGCUGGAGCAAGAGGUGAUUACACAUUACAUAGCUGUAUAUUGUGCUUCCACCUCUCUGAACACUAUCACACACUGUUAGAGAUAUAGAUAUAUCUAUCUCUAUCACACACAGUGUGUACCUCUAUCAUAUACAGUGUACCUCUAUAACACAGUGUGUACCUCUACAAGCCCUCUUCAGCCUAUUAUUCCAGUAACUUUUUGUAAUUGUCUUAUUUAUUGUUAAAUCUUCCCCUUUGAUAAUAUUGUAAAGCGCUACAGAAUAUGCUAGCGCUAUAUAAAUACCAGUAAUAACAACACACACACAGCAUAUACCUCUAUCACACAGUAUAUACCUCUAUCACACUCACUCAGUAUAAAAACUCUGAUACACAGUAUAACUCUGAUACACAGUAUAACUCUGAUACACAGUAUAACUCUGAUACACAGUAUAACUCUGAUACACAGUAUAACUCUGAUACACAGUAUAACUCUGAUACACAGUAUACCUCUAUCACACACUGUGUACCUCUCUGACACAGGCAUAUACAAUGUAUAUUGUACAUAGAUGGAGAGCCUCUCCCAUGGAUCUAGUUUGUCUCUUUGUUCUGUCUCCCUUAGAGAGCUGCCCUCUCCCAGGUCUGUCUCAUGGUGUUGUCUCCCUUAGAGUGCUGCCCUCUCUUUGGUUUGUCUCAAGAUGUUGUCUCUCAGAGUGCUGCCCUCUCCCAGGGCUGUCUCUCUUAGAGUGCUGCCCUCUCUCUGGUUUGUCUUGUGGUGCUGUCUCUCUGAGAGUGCUGCCCUCUCCCAGGUCUGUCUCGUGGUGCUGUCUCUCUGAGAGUGCUGCCCUCUCCCAGGUCUGUCUCGUGGUGCUGUCUCUCUGAGAGUGCUGCCCUCUCCCAGGUCUGUCUCGUGGUGCUGUCUCUCUGAGAGUGCUGCCCUCUCCCAGGGUCUGUCUCUCUUAGAGUGCUGCCCUCUCCCAGGUCUGUCUCGUGGUGCUGUCUCUCUUAGAGUGCUGCCCUCUCCUAGGUCUGUCUCUCUGAGAGUGCCUCGCCCAUGGGGUUGUCUAAUGUCCCAGGCCGCUCCCACUGUGUUUCUGACUGUCUCUCUGAGAGUGCUGCCCCGCCCUCUCUCUCUCUCUAGCCCCCUCACCCCAGCCCCUUGCAUGUCUCCCUGUGAGAGUGCUGCCCCUCCCCCAGUCCUGCCUCUGGGCUGUCUCUCUCGCUCUCACUCCGUCUGUCUCGCAGCUUGCACUCAGUCUCUGAUCCUAAGAGGUAAGAGACAAUCACUGCUGUCUCUCCCGGGUCUCUAAUAAUGGCCUCUCUCUCUCCCUGUGUCUCUCUCUCUCUCUCUCUCUCUCUCUCAUCUCGGGCUGUCUCUCUCUCUCUUAUCUCGGGCUGUCUCUCUCUCGGGCUGUCUCUCUCUCUCGGGCUGUCUCUCUCUCUAUAACGGGGGAUGGUGGGCUCACAAAGGGCAAUCAGUGUCUUAUCGGGCAAUAUGGGGGGCUGAAAGAUAAUAUGGGGUAACUACAUUAUGGGGGUGUAUUGUGGUAACUGUACAUUAUGGGGGUGUAUUGGGGUAACUACAUUAUGGGGGUGUAUUGGGGUAACUGUACAUUAUGGGGUGUAUUGGGGUAACUGUACAUUAUGGGGGUGUAUUGGGAUAACUGUACAUUAUGGGGUGUAUUGUGGUAACUGUACAUUAUGGGGUGUAUUGGGGUAACUACAUUAUGGGGGUGUAUUGGGGUAACUGUACAUUAUGGGGGUGUAUUGGGGUAACAUUACAUUAUGGGGGUGUAUUGGGGUAACUUUACAUUAUGGGGUGUAUUGGGGUAACUGUACAUUAUGGGGCUGUAUUGGGGUAACUGUACAUUAUGGGGCUGUAUUGGGGUAACUGUACAUUAUGGGGCUGUAUUGGGGUAACAACUGUACAUUAUGGGGUGUAUUGGGAUAACUGUACAUUACGGGGUGUGUGUGUAUUGGGAUAACUGUAUCUUAUGAGGGGGUGUUGGUAAUUGUACAUUAAGGGGGUGUGUACUGGGGUAACUACAUUAUGGGUGUGUGUGUGUUACUGUUCAUUAUGCGGUGUGUAUAUUGGGGUAACUUUAAAUUAUGGGGUGUGCGUAUUGCGAUAACUGUUCAUUAUGGAGUGUAUGUAUUUGGGUAACUGUACAUAAUGGGUUGUGUGUAUGUGUAGUGGGAUAACUACAUAACUAUAUUAUGGAGUGUGUUUAUAGGGGUAACUGUACAUUAUGGGGUAUGUAUUGGGGCAGUUGGGCAAUAUGGUGGUGUAUUGGGGUGAGUGUAUUUAUUGAGAUAACUGGUAAUUAUAAGGAUGUAUUGGGGUGAAUGGGCCUUGUGGGGUAUGUUUCGGGAUAACUGGGCAUUGUGUGGUGUGUUGUGAGUAAUUGGGCAUGAGGUUUCUGUGAAAUGCCAGGCUGUGGGGGUGUCUCUGGAUGGCAAGCUGUAUAGGAUAAACUGUCUAUGUGUAUUACCUGUCUUCUACAAUCUCAAUGUAUUGAUAUGUAUUUAACAUAUCAUGUGUGACAUGUCAUGAUUCCCUUUUAUUCCAGAAGUUUGGUCCUUAAGGGGUUAAAUUCAUCCUCAUGUUAACCCUGAGUGCUGCCUGUGUCUCAUUCCUUACUGGGGGAUCCCACACUUGUAGGCUAGUUCCCACUUUCCUUUUGUGAAUGGGGUCAGUUAGUUGCCUCAUCCCUUACUCGGUCCUGCUCUCAGCUAGUUGCCUAAUUCCUUACUCGGUCCUGCUCUCAGCUAGUUGCCUAAUUCCUUACUCGGUCCUGCUCUCAGCUAGUUGCCUCAGCCCUUACUGGGGCCCGCCUUUGGUUAGUUGCCUCAGCCCUUACUGGGGCCCGCUUUUGGUUAGUUGCCUCAGCCCUUACUGGGGCCCGCUUUUGGUUAGUUGCCUCAGCCCUUACUGGACACACUCUCGUCUAGUUGCCUCAUUCCGAACUGGGGCCCGCACUCGGCUAGUUGCCUCAUUCCGAACUGGGGCCCGCUCUCGGCUAGUUGCCUCAUUCUGAACUGGGGCCCGCUCUCGGCUAGUUGCCUCAUUCCGAACUGGGGCCCGCCUCGGCUAGUUGCCUCAUUCCGAACUGGGGCCCGCUCUCGGCUAGUUGCCUCAUUCCGAACUGGGGCCCGCUCUCGGCUAGUUGCCUCAUUCCGAACUGGGGCCCGCUCUCGGCUAGUUGCCUCUUUCCGAACUGGGGCCCCCCGCUUUCGGCUAGUUGCCUCUUUCCGAACUGGGGCCCCCCGAUUUCGGCUAGUUGCCUCUUUCCGAACUGGGGCCCCCUGCUUUCGGCUAGUUGCCUCUUUCCGAACUGGGGCCCCCCGCUUUCGGCUAGUUGCCUCUUUCCGAACUGGGGCCCCCCGCUUUCGGCUAGUUGCCUCUUUCCGAACUGGGGCCCGCUCUCGGCUAGUUGCCUCUUUCCGAACUGGGGCCCGCUCUCGGCUAGUUGCCUCUAUCCGACUGGGGCCCGCUCUAAAUGAUAGAUUAGCUGUAUACUGCCCCCCGAUGUCUCAUCACCUGUAUAAUGACCCCGGUGUCUUAUUGCCCGUAAUACUGCCCCUGGUGUCUUAUCGCCUGUAUACUGACCCUGGUGUCUUAUUGUCCAUUUACUGCCCCCGGUGUAUUAUCGCCUGUAUAAUGACCCCGGUGUCUUAUCGCCCAUAAUACUACCCCCGGUGUCUUAUUGCCCAUAUACUGCCCCCGGUGUCUUAUCGCCUGUAUACUGUCUCGCAGGUGUUGGAUUUCCUGUAUACUGCCCCCCGGUGUUGGGACGUGUGUAUACACCCAUUAAUAUGCUAAGGUUUGCAGUCCGUCGCACAGCACCCCAAUACACCAUUACACUGACUUAUAGCAAUGACACUCUUAGAACUCCCAAAUCCCUACUAAGAACUGGGAUCCUGCACUCCAGUGCGCACCUCAGCGAGCAGCACUCACAUACCAUUUAACCUCUUCUUCUGGACGCUGUGAUACUCUGGAAAUGACACUCAGCUGUAGUCUGGGAUUACGUGCACCCCAGUUCUGUAUUGUGAUUAGAGACUGUCUUGGUUUAAAUGCUGAGAUCUACAAAAACCCCCGGGAAGGUUUCCAUGGAAACGAGUGGAGCUAGCGGACGGCGUUCAACCUUGGGCUGCAGCAUGGGCUGUUCUGCAGGAUCACAGAGAGCGUAGGAUUACAGAGCUCUGCUAUGCAUUAACCCCUGCGCGGCCGCCACGCAUACCUGUCACAUGCACCAUGCACGCCGUACUUCCCACAGGAAACACAUGGGUUAAAUGAAGAAACCAUACACCGAGCUGAGUAAUGUCCCUAGGGAACAAAGAGAGAUGGCUUAACGCUAAUUUAAAACUUGUUUGUGUGUGAGUGGGGGGGGGGGGGUUCUUUUACAAAUCCCUUUGGUUAUGUUGUUUUCUGCUAAAGACCAUAUAAUUGAUGUUUAAAUUAUACAUUUUGUUUUAUUUUAUUUAUUUUUUUCUUUUUAGACUUUAAGAUGGAUCCAGCUGCGCCGGCCACACGCAUGACAUCAUCAUUCACCAUCAACAUUUCCACUCCAUCCUUCUACAAUCCUCCCAAGAAAUUCGCUCCAGUGGUCCCCCCCAAGCCGAAAGUCAACCCAUUUAAAGCAUCUGAUGAACCAGAGCCCCCACAUUCCUCUGCAGGCCCCCAGGAACAUUCGGCAGGGCCUGGGGUGCGAGCAUUUCUGGGAAAAGUUGGAGAAAUCCCCUCAUCAGCACCACCUAGUGUUGAGCAGGAAGGUGAGACAAGCAUCUGUGGCUUACGUGAUCCCCAUACGCUGUACACAUGCUUUCUUUGUCCUCGUGUCUGCGUUGUGAACGCGCUUCCCUACAUUGUGUGAGCUGGUUUUUUUUAUUUUUUGUAGCUACAAGUCAGUUAGGAUUGUAUCACUGGUUUUAUUUGUCUAGUUUGUGUUCUAUACAAAGUGUCAUCAUGAAACUACCGUCUUUUGAAACAAAGAGGGCAUUGUGUUUCUGCGAUGUCACACAAUGUUAAACAUGGAAGUAAUAAAAAAAAACAGAGAGGGGCGAUUUAAAGAAAGGUGCCCCAAUGCUGCUACCCUUAGGGCAUGACCGGAUGCUUCGAACUGGCAUUGUGAUCCUGCAGCUCCUGCAGGUAGUGGUGAGAGGCCGGCGCUGCUUAUUUUGAACUUUCUGUUUUGGGAUUUUCAGUAAAAUGACGGUACUGAUGGUCACAGUGUGAGAUACCAGUGACGUACUGUGCUUUUUGUCAUAGAGAUCUAGUUCGUUCAGUUUUUAACCUGUGGACUCUUUGCUGGCAGCUUCUCGCUCUCCCCUGAGGGGUUCAAAGUCCGGCCCUUUCUAAUCUCCAGCGGCCAGGAUUAUGCUCUUUAACAAGAAGCAUUGCCUAAAGGCAAAUAACUUAAAGUAAUUUAAAUUCUAUCCUGCUCAGGAUUCCCCCUCUAUAGUAUAUCACAUACUUACCCCUCCCCCUCCCUGACCUCCAUAGCAUAUCACAUACCUACCCCUCCCCCUCUCUGACCUCCAUAGUACAUCACAUACCUCCCCCUCCCUGACCUCCAUAGUAUAUCACAUACCUACCCCUCCCCCUCUCUGACCUCCAUAGUACAUCACUUACCUUCCCCCCCUCUCUGACCUCCAUAGUAUAUCCACCUCCCUGACCUCCAUAGUACAUCACUUACCUUCCCCUCCUCUCUGACCUCCAUAGUAUAUCCACCUCCCUGACCUCCAUAGUACAUCACUUACCUUCCCCUCCUCCCUGACCUCCAUAGUACAUCACUUACCUUCCCCUCCUCUCUGACCUCCAUAGUAUAUCCACCUCCCUGACCUCCAUAGUACAUCACUUACCUUCCCCUCCUCUCUGACCUCCAUAGUAUAUACCUCCACCUCCCUGACCUCCAUAGUACAUCACAUACCUCCCCUCCCUGACCUCCAUAGUACAUCACUUACCUUCCCCCCCUCUCUGACCUCCAUAGUAUAUCCACCUCCCUGACCUCCAUAGUACAUCACUUACCUUCCCCUCCUCUCUGACCUCCAUAGUAUAUCCCCCUCCCUGACCUCCAUAGUACAUCACUUACCUUCCCCCCCUCUCUGACCUCCAUAGUAUAUCACAUACUCUCCCCCUCUCCCCCUCUCUGACCUCCAUAGUAUAUCCACCUCCCUGACCUCCAUAGUCAAUCACUUACCUUCCCCUCCUCUCUGACCUCCAUAGUAUAUCCACCUCCCUGACCUCCAUAGUACAUCACAUACCUCCCCCUCCCUGACCUCCAUAGUACAUCACUUACCUUCCCCUCCUCUCCGACCUCCAUAGUAUAUCCACCUCCCUGACCUCCAUAGUACAUCACUUACCUUCCCCCCCUCUCUGACCUCCAUAGUAUAUCACAUACCUACCGUCUCCCUGACCUCCGUAGCACAUCCCAUACCUACCCCUUCCCCUGACCUUGUUGAGGAGACGUGUAGAAAUUCUAGUAACUGCAUAUUAGUAUAUUGCACCAGAGAUGGUUUUAUUGGAGCGCUGUGAUUCAGGGAUGUUUCAUUGAUCUUUAUUGAAACUUACAGCUGUAAAUAUGCAGUUUAAGGAAAUGAAGGUGACUGUGUGCAUUGUGUACACACGUAUCAUACAAUAAUAAAUCGAAUGGAAGCCAAUGUGUGCGUUACGCAGUAAUAAUGCCCAGCCGAAGAGUUUAUCGUGCAAUAAAAUGAAUUCCUAGUCAUAGCUAUGCAGCCAGCUGUCUCUUCUGAAUACACCCUCUAAAAUACUUUAUUAUCUCUCUUUAAACAUUAUUUCCCUCUUUUUUUUUAUUUUUUUUUUAAAUCACUUUUGAAACUAUUAUCCUAAAACACACUUUAAAAGUUCUGCAGCUCUGUGUAUCUGGAGCGACGUGUUAUCCCAUUGAAACACGUAUAAGCAGUGUUGCUUUUAAGUGCAAUCUCAGAUGUGCUGUUCCUGGUUGGCGGUUAAGGUGGUUGGAGGUUGAAACGGUUGGGGGUAGAAGAAAGUAGAAAGUGAUUACUCCGGUGCGUGGGUGAUGCUUCCGACGCGUUCAUGCACAUCUACUUGGAAAUUGCAAUAUUAGCAGGUCGUUCCUGGACGUCCUUCCCAUAAUGCUGUACGCUGGCAUGCGCCCUGACUGUGCCUAGCACUAUUAGGGUUAAGCAAAUGUCCACUGUAUUCUCUGGCUGUGCCAGGACAGUCUAUCUUACUAAGGGAAUUUCUCUGUUAAUGUGUUUAUUAAUGUGAAUACGUGAUUAGUAAUGGGCAAUGUACCAACACUUAUCUUAUCUUCGUCCUAGUAACCUUGGGGGUUAGUAAGUUGGAGACAGCGUGAACACUUGGAGGUAUCGCAGUGCCAAUCUCGAACCUUACUAUGUUUUCACUUUUCAGAUCUGCAAACCGAAUAGCAGAUCCUGACCCAUCGCCCGCUGGUCGGCGUAUUGGGAGGUGCCUGGCCUAUGCUGAGCGGUUUUGAGCACAGCCCAUAUGGUCUACAUGUUUAGGAAUAUUCUUUGCUUCUUUACUUACUCCAGAAAUAUCUCUGGACUGCUGAACACUAGCGUUUUAUUUGUGUAGUCAUGACGAUUCCUGGAAAUCUUGCGGUUUAUAAAAUUAUUACUGUCCUAAGAAAUGGCAACAAAAAAUACAUUUUGAGGAUUUUCUUACCAAUUAAGAAUAAAGUGUAAAAUGCUAAAUUUUUUAAAAAACAAACAAAAAACAAUCAAACCCAAAAACCAGUAAUUUAUAGGUCUAACAUUCUCCACCAGCAUAAUGUCUGAAUUAAUAAGUGUCUGUUAGUUCACAUCCUUUCUUGCUUGCGGUUAUCUUGAAUGCAGUUUUUAUCUUGAAGCUGCUAAAAUCUUAAAAGCCGUUGUUUUUGGUUUUUAACUUUUGACUGUUUUCUGGUUUUGUAGCCUUCAUCUUGUAUACAUUAGAACCAUUUCCUUAAUACCUCUAAACAUUCUUGGAUUCAGUGUAACAGGCUUAGUUUAUUCUUAAUAUUUCACCUGAUUUAGUGCAGUUAUUUUCCAGCCAUGCCGAUGGGUGUAAAUGUCUGGAGCUGUGCCAGGCUCUGUCUGUCCGUGACUCACUGUCUCCCUAUACAGCAGCCACGCCAUACUCGCCUGUCACUUGUUUGAUACACGUCUUUCCCUUGAGGUUUCCUGUCUUUAAUAUAGCGCCAGGCGUGAAUGUUACGUGGGUGUCUUUGUGCUGAUAUGUUUUAAUAGGGAGAUAAUACUCUAUGAGCAGCUGCUGUUUGAUAAUCUCUACUGAGCUGUAAGGGUAGAUCGAGAAAUGAAUGGGUGGGCGAGUAAAUGUACACACUACUUCUAGUCUUGCAGUGAGGAGACCGAAUACACGCAUCUCCUCUAAUAUGAAAACACAGGUGACAUCAUCUUAUAUGGAGAUAUGUGGGAGAAGGUGAAACAUCUACACUGGGUAUAGGGUAUAGACCCAUAAACCAUGGGUAUAAGUAUGGAGAUAAAGGGGGUUAGUAGAAACCGUGGGCUGUAGUAUGGAGAUAUAGGGGGUUAGUAGAAGCCGUUGGCCGUAGUAUGGAGAUAUAGGGGGUUAGUAGAAGCCGUUGGCUGUAGUAUGGAGAUAUAGGGGGUUAGUAGAAACCGUGGGCUGUAGUAUGGAGAUAUAGGGGGUUAGUAGAAGCCGUGGGCUGUAGAAUGGAGAUAUAGGGGGUUAGUAGAAGCCGUGGGCUGUAGUAUGGAGAUAUAGGGGGUUAGUAGAAGCCGUUGGCUGUAGUAUGGAGAUAUAGGGGGUUAGUAGAAACCGUGGGCUGUAGUAUGGAGAUAUAGGGGGUUAGUAGAAGCCGUGGGCUGUAGAAUGGAGAUAUAGGGAGUUAGUAGAUGCUGUGGGCUGUAGUAUGGAGAUAUAGGGGGCUAGUAGAAGUUGUGGGCUGUAGUAUAGAGGUAUAGGGGGUUAGUAGAAGCCGUUGGCUGUAGUAUGGAGAUAUAGGGGGUUUAGUAGAUGCCGUUGGCUGUAGUAUAGAGAUAUAGGGGGCUAGUAGAAGCUGUGGGCUGUAGUAUGGAGAUAUAGGGGGUUAGUAGAUGCCGUGGGCUGUAGUAUGGAGAUAUAGGGGGUUUAGUAGAUGCCGUUGGCUGUAGUAUGGAGAUAUAGGGGGCUAGUAGAAGCUGUGGGCUGUAGUAUGGAGAUAUAGGGGGUUAGUAGAUGCCGUGGGCUGUAGUAUGGAGAUAUAGGGGGUUAGUAGAAGCUGUGGGCUGUAGUAUGGAGAUAUAGGGGGUUAGUAGAAACCGUGGGCUGUAGUAUGGAGAUAUAGGGGGUUAGUAGAAGCUGUAGUAUGGAGAUAUAGGGAGUUAGUAGAAGCUGUGGGCUGUAGUAUGGAGAUAUAGGAAACCGUGGGCUGUAGUAUGGAGAUAUAGGGGGUUAGUAGAAACCGUUGGCUGUAGUAUGGAGAUAUAGGGGGUUAGUAGAAGCCGUUGGCUGUAGUAUGGAGAUAUAGGGGGUUAGUAGAAACCGUGGGAUGUAGUAUGGAGAUAUAGGGGGCUAGUAGAAGUUGUGGGCUGUAGUAUAGAGGUAUAGGGGGUUAGUAGAAGCCGUUGGCUGUAGUAUGGAGAUAUAGGGGGCUAGUAGAAGCUGUGGGCUGUAGUAUGGAGAUAUAGGGGGUUAGUAGAAGCUGUGGGCUGUAGUAUGGAGAUAUAGGGGGUUAGUAGAUGCCGUGGGCUGUAGUAUGGAGAUAUAGGGGGUUAGUAGAUGCCGUGGGCUGUAGUAUGGAGAUAUAGGGGGUUAGUAGAUGCCGUGGGCUGUAGAAUGGAGAUAUAGGGGGUUAGUAGAUGCUGUGGGCUGUAGUAUGGAGAUAUAGGGGGUUAGUAGAUGCCGUGGGCUGUAGUAUGGAGAUAUAGGGGCUAGUAGAAGCCGUGGGCUGUAGUAUGGAGAUAUAGGGGGUUAGUAGAGACCGUGGGCUGUAGUAUGGAGAUAUAGGGGGUUAGUAGAAGCUGUAGUAUGGAGAUAUAGGGGGUUAGUAGAAGCUGUGGGCUGUAGUAUGGAGAUAUAGGGGGUUAGUAGAAACCGUGGGCUGUAGUAUGGAGAUAUAGGGGGUUAGUAGAAACCGUGGGCUGUAGUUUGGAGAUAUAGGGGGUUAGUAGAAGCCGUUGGCUGUAGUAUGGAAAUAUAGGGGGUUAGUAGAAACCGUGGGCUGUAGUAUGGAGAUAUAGGGGGUUAGUAGAAACCGUGGGCUGUAGUAUGGAGAUAUAGGGGGUUAGUAGAAGCCGUUGGCUGUAGUAUGGAGAUAUAGGGGUUUAGUAGAUGCCGUUGGCUGUAGUAUGGAGAUAUAGGGGGCUAGUAGAAGCUGUGGGCUGUAGUAUGGAGAUAUAGGGGGUUAGUAGAAGCUGUGGGCUGUAGUAUGGAGAUAUAGGGAGUUAGUAGAUGCCGUUGGCUGUAUUAUGGAGAGAUAGAGGGUUAGUAGAAACGGUUGGCUGUAGUAUGGAGAUAUAGGGGGUUAGUGGGCUGUAGUAUAGAGAUAUAGGGGGUUAGUAGAUGCCGUUGGCUGUAGUAUGGAGAUAUAGGGGGUUAGUAGAAGCUGUAGUAUAGAGAUAUAGAGGGUUAGUAGAAGCCAUGGGCUGUAGUAUAGAGAUAUAGGGAGUUAGUAGAAGCUGUAGUAAAGAGAUAUAGGGCGUUAGUAGAAGCCGUUGGCUGCAGGUAUGGAGAUAUAAAGGGUUAGUAGAAGCCAUGGGCUGUAGUAUAGAGAUAUAGGGAGUUAGUAGAUGCCGUUGGCUGUAGUAUGGAGAUAUAGGGGGUUAGUGGGCUGUAGUAUAGAGAUAUAGAUGUUUAGUAGUUUCCGUUGGCUGCCGUAUGGAGAUAUAGGGGGUUAGUAGUUUCCGUUGGCUGUACUAUGGAGACAUAAGGGGUUAGUAGUUUCCGUUGGCUGUACUAUGAAGAUAUUAAGGUUUAGUAGAAGCCGUGGGUUGUGGUAUGGAGAUAUGGGGCAGUCCUAAUGGUUGAGUACUUUACAUCUUUUGAGGGAACACUUUUUUUUUCUAGUCUUUUAUCGUCUGUCUGUCUUAGUAUCUAUCUCUCUCCACACUAAUGGCGACUACAUUUUUUUCUUUCAGAUUUUAUCCUUCCACCUCCUCCACCCAGUGAUGAACUUGUCACAUCUCCCACUGCAUUCUUCCCGCCACCUCCACCCUCCUUUGGAGAUGACAUACUUGAGUCGCCCACUUCCAGUUUCCCUCCACCUCCCCCUGUUGACUUUUCAGAAGCUUUCCCUCCCCCGGUAGAAGAUUCCUUCCCAUCCCCUCCACCUUUGGAGGAUUCACCUGGUGAAGCCACUGUAGGACGGGACAGUCAGGUAAAUGGGAUAAAGUAUAUUUAAAUGGUCACCUACUCUGAGAAUUCAUCUGAUUGCUUUUAUUGUUCCUUUUUGCAGGUUCCUCCACCACCUCCAGCUCCUCCUUUGUUUUCUCCUAAGCCAGCAGGUCCCCCUUUGUUUUCUCCUAAGCCAGCUGUCCCUACAUUUUCACCUAAGCCAGUUGCCCCUGUAUUUUCUCCUAAACCAGCUGUACCAGAAGUUUCUGCCUCUGGUGUCUUUCCCAAACCCUCUGUCCCUGUAUUUUCCCCUAAACCAGCUGUUCCAGAAGUAUCUGCCUCUACUGUCUUUCCCAAACCCUCUGUCCCUGUAUUUUCUCCUAAACCAGCUGUUCCAGAAGUACCCACCUUUACUGUCUCUCCCAAACCCUCUGUCCCUAUAUUUUCUCCUAAACCAGCUGCUCCAACAUUUGUCCCUAAACCAGUUGCUCACACUUUUGUCCCUAAGCCAACAGCCCCUACAUUUGUUCCUGAAUCACCUGUACCUAAGUCAACUCCCCCUUCAGCAGUUGCCCCUAAGCCAACUGCCUCUUUUGCAGUUUCCCCUAAACCUUCUACUCUUUUUUCUAAACAAUCUGAAGCACAGACAUUUUCAUCUCCCCCUUCUGCCCCUACUCCCCCAUCUUCUAACAUAUUCUCUCCUAAACCUGUUGGCCAACCCUCAUUUUCUCCAAAACCUCCAGCAUUCACACCUAAAUCUGGCCCUUCCACAUUUUCCCACAAACCAUUAGAUACAAACAUAGACAAUUCUCGCCCUCAAAACAGAUUUCCCCUAUCUCAAUCUGUCACUAAAGUGCCCCCUUCUGUCACGGGUGAAGCUGCUCUGCCACCACCAGUACCAGGACCAGGGUUUAACUUCGUGCAGCAACGCGAGAAACCUCGAGUGCUGGAGAAGCCAAAGGUUGAUACGGAAGAACCCCAGUUUGAGACUGUCAAGAAUCAGGGGCCCCAAACUGAGAAUAUUAAGAGCCAUGGGUUGCAGUCCAACGGCUUCAGGCCACAACCGGAAGGGUUCUUGGACACAGGAUCAAAGGCCGGUGGCAUUCCAGUGAAAGAGCCUCCACCCAAAAUGCAGAAGUCUCCUGAACCAGUGAGUUGCACCUUAUAUUAAACAACAUAUUAUUACAGCUGUCAGACAGCUAAAGGUUUGUUUCAGGACGGGAUCUACAGGGAUUUUGUGCUUUGAGCAGCUUUUCAUUUUAACAUCAACAAUAAGUGGAAGAAAGACAAUUAUGUAUAUAUAAUCUUAUUAAAUUAGUGAAGUAAAAACCGUGUGCCCCUUUCAAGUGUAAUCAAUAGCUGCAGAGCACGCAAUAUCUUGUGACACACAAAACAUGGUGCAAAUUUCCAAUGUUUAGAGGGACAUAUCCACCAACAUGCUAAAACAACUGCAGUAACGAACCCAGAAUGCAAGCAAAUAUCAUAACCCAAAUGUUGGUGCUCAAAAAAGUGAAUAAAUACGAAUAAUCCAAAUGUAGUGAUAUUCCUUAAAGUCUCUUGAGUCGCACCUUAGGAACAAAAUCUAGGAAAAAAUCUGUUAUAGAAAGUUUAGAUAAAUUGUAUCACGCUCACAAAUAUCAAGUGCCACUCUCACUAUCCAGGCAUCGGAGGGAUCAGGCUCCUUUUGUAUGAUGGAACCAAUAAACAGAAGAGUAAGUAUCCGGACCGGAAACGCUGGACGCCAAACUGCACUCAGUGCCGUGGUAUAGCCGUAGUAUGGAUCCUUCACUGCCUGCCGUGGUAUAGCCGUAGUAUGGAUCCUUCACUGCCUGCCGUGGUAUAGCCGUAGUAUGGAUCCUGCACUCAGUGCCGUGGUAUAGCCGUAGUAUGGAUCCUUCACUGCCUGCCGUGGUAUAGCCGUAGUAUGGAUCCUGCACUGCGUGCCGUGGUAUAGCCGUAGUAUGGAUCCUGCACUUUGUGCUGUGGCAUAGCCGUAGUAUGGAUCCUGCACUUCAUGCCGUGGUAUAGCCGUAGUAUGGAUCCUGCACUGCGUGCCGUGGUAUAGCUGUAGUAUGGAUUCUGCACUCAGUGCCGUGGUAUAGCUGUAGUAUGGAUCCUGCCGUGCAUGCCGUGGUAUAGCCAUAGUAGUCUGGAUCCUGCACUCAGUGCUGUGGUAUAGCCGUAGUAUGGAUUCUGCACUCAGUGCCAUAUAGCUGUAGUAUGGAUCCUGCCGUGCAUGCCGUGGUAUAGCCAUAGUAGUCUGGAUCCUGCACUCAGUGCUGUGGUGUAGCCGUAGUAUGGAUCCUGCACUCAGUGCUGUGGUAUAGCUGUAGUAUGGAUCCUGCCGUGCGUGCCGUAGUAUAGCUGCAGUAUGGAUCCUGCACUCAGUGCUGUGGUAUAGCUGUAGUAUGGAUCCUGCCGUGCAUGCUGUGGUAUAGCCAUAGUAUGGAUCCUGCCGUGCGUGCCGUGGUAUAGCCAUAGUAUGGAUCCUGCCGUGCAUGCCGUGGUAUAGCCAUAGUAUGGAUCCUGCCGUGCAUGCCGUGGUAUAGCUGUAGUAUGGAUCCUGCACUCAGUGCUGUGGUAUAGCUGUAGUAUGGAUCCUGCCGUGCAUGCUGUGGUAUAGCCAUAGUAUGGAUCCUGCCGUGCGUGCCGUAGUAUAGCUGCAGUAUGGACCUUGCACUGUUUGCCACUCUGAGGUAAAGUCGUAGUGUAGGACCCUGGAGACAGAAGAAAUAUUAGCUUACAUACAUGCAUUCACACGACUUGUGAAAUUAUAUUAAGCAUGCUGUGGUACCAUGUCAUAUAAGGCAAGGCUCAAAGUUUCCACCAGUGAGUGGAAUAUCCGCCGUGGUGAGUGUGAAUGGACACUCCAGGCUUUCAGCAGUAAGUCCAUUUUGAGACCUGGCUAGUAACGUAGAACUAGUAACGUAGAACUUGAAAUUUUAAGUCAGAGGUUGGAGACAGCUAAAAUAUCAUCCUGUACCCUGACAAAAAUGACAAAAAAAUUUAAUUCUGUAUUGAUCUGUAUACAACCAAAUAAAAGUUCACUAUUACUUCAAAGGGACCCUUUAAGUAUUUCAUGUACCAUAGCAGCUCUGUAGUGAUUAUGGUGCCAUUAAGCGUUUUACAGCUCUGAUUAUACUUCACUAUUAUGAAGUGCAAAUUUGUGUAACCUUGGGUGGCAUUGAAGUGCUGGACGCAGUGGGAGUAGCUUAGCCCAGUGCUCUCGGAUGAUUAUAGCCAUCAGUGAACGUUAUAAAUUGUGCUUGUGUGCCACUGUAACGGACCGUUUCUCUCACAAGGGGAUAAAUCCGUUUAGGCGAUAAUCCCCUUUCCCAUAGACCAGCAGCUACUGCAAUCACCAACCUCCCGAACUCCAAACUGUACGAAUCCCCAACUCACGAACAAGAAAUACACGAACUCUGGAAGCAGCCGAACAGGAAAAGCAAUACGAACGGCUUACACUCCUGGCAGUCAGCACACAAUCCAAUUCCCCCAAUAACGAGACGACACUUCGUUUUGAGGGUUAAGCAGAAUCUCUAGAUUUAUUCACACAACCUCCUUUUAAGACAUUCUCCCAUGCAAGGGAGGGAUCUACAACAAUUAGUACCCCAGCCAAUAAUGUACCAGUUACCUCCCACACAUCUCCUCCCCUUAGUGUGACACAUAAUCCCAUUAGUACAGACACAAAUUCCCUGGGAUACUGUAUGUACCCCUAAACAUAGGGAUACCCCUUUAAAUGUUACAUCCCCUGGUAGCCCUGAUCUGGGUGAGACACAUAUCCGAAAAUCACCCAGAUCGGACCAGGGGUUCAGGAAUUAUAAAGGGUUAAAGUUUUGACCGACUGCAUGGCAAAAGUAUCCGAAAAUAGUUCCAUGUACUUUGGCCCUGCAGUCGGUCACAGAAAAGGGAAUGAAUCACACGAAUUGCCUGGGUUAUAGAGCUUGGGGAGGAUUCGUAUGAAUCCCCCUGUUCGUGGGAUCCUUUCUACCGAACGGCGGGCCGUUCGGUAGUUUCUGCACGAAUUGCUGGAAGUCUGGAGGUCUCAGCGGUGUUUGCUUAGUCGAGUGUCCGAUUUUAGUUCCAGACACUCGACGGCAAAACACCGCUGUUCGGGAGUUUAAGAUGGCCGCCGCCACGUGUUCGUUUCCCGAAUGGCGGCCACCCAGAGGACACAACACACAUUACACAUAUUGCCAAUUACCCGUUUGCAACAUUGUUGCAAACGGUAAUUGGAGGCACACUUACUCCAGGGUGGUCUGGUUGUUCGGUAGUUUCACCCAAUAUAAUGAAUGGAGUAAUUCUACCGAACAAUCAGACGAAUACUGCAUACACAUAACACUGUUUACCGAACACAUAAUAUUAAAUACAGCCUGAAUGCAAUUUGCUACACAAUCUUAAAGGGCAUUAUUCCUAACAGUCAGAAUAUGUCCACGGAUGGCCCUUAAAGGGCCAGUAGCAGCAAUAUAAAAAUGUCACAUGCCCAAAUAUUGCAUACAAAAGUACGAAUUCACAAGGGGGCCAUAGUCAGAUGGCAGGAGGCUGGCAACCAGGCUUCUCCAGUGCAUAGUGGCGAGGUUGGUUUCGCCACAGCCACAUUACAGGUUUUUAGUGAUAAAUUGACAAGCGCAGCGCACACUAUCCUAGUUGUCACUGAAAACACUGUCAUGCCAUGAGUUGACUGAGAGGUUGUUGACCCUUGGUGGAUACUUGGCUAGAACUCUGGCACUCGUGGCUUAUUUUGGUGGAAUAAUGGAUGUACAUUAAGCGUGUGUGCCUGGACGGUUCUCGAAUCCUAUGAGCCUACAACUGUUUCUAUUUGCUUUGCAGGAACGCGCAGGUCCUCAUGGGUUAAACAUGAAUGAGGUCAUGGAGCUGGAGAAGCUGACUCAGCAGCUAAUGAAGGAGAUGGAUAACCAGCGCACGGCUAGCACACAACCGAUGGGUACGGAAUCACGUUCUGCCCGCUUCCUGAAAUGGAUCAUUGUUUGGGGGGAUGGGCCCUCUGCAGAAGAACAAUCUUCCGUCAGCCUGGGGUUCUGCUGGUUACAUGGGAUUAAAGCUCCUCUUGCAGAGCUUUUGCAUAUAAUCAUGGCAUGCACUCUAAAAAUGAAAGCUUAAAUGGUAACUGUACAUGAUCUAUGGAAUCCGAUGGUGCUAUAUAAAUAAUAAAAUAAUAAUAAUGAUGUGAAGUGGUCAUGGUGCCUGGGGUCUGUUUGGGCAGCGGUUCUUUCAUUAACCGCAGUGGCCUCUUCUACAGUUAAAGGACCACUCUAGGCACCCAGACCACUUCAGCUUAAUGAAGUGGUCUGGGUGCCUGGUCCUUCUAGGGUUAACCCAUUUUUUCAUAAACAUAGCAGUUUCAGAGAAACUGCUAUGUUUAUGAAUGGGUUAAGCCUUCCCCUAAUCCUCUAGUGGCUGUCUCAUUGACAGCACUAGAGGCGCUUAUGCUUCUCACUGUGAUUUUCACAGUGAGAGCACGCCAGCGUCCAUGCAUUAUGAAUGCUUUCCUAUGUGACCGGCUGAAUGCGCGCGCAGCUCUUGCCGCGCGUGCGCAUUCAGCCGACGGGGAGGAGAGAAGGAGGAUCGGAGGAGGAGAGCUCUCCGCCCAGCGCUGGAAAAAGGUAAGUUUUUACCCCUUUCCCCCUUCCAGAGCCGGGCGGGAGGGGGUCCCUGAGGAUGGGGGCACCCUCAGGGCACUAUAGUGCCAGGAAAACGAGUAUGUUUUCCUGGCACUAUAAUGGUCCUUUAAGGAGAUAAGUUGAGGAAGAAUGAAAUGUUUAUGCAGCUUUUAGUAUAAUUGUACGAGGAAAGGAUUGCAGAGGGUCUCUACUGUAAUUAAUGUAUAUAUGGUGCAUCAUGCAUCCCAUUCACUGCACAAAUCAUUUUCCCAAACAAACAUUUCUUAUUGAACAAUAAUUUCUUCAUUAUUGUGCCAAUCAAUGUCAUAUCCUGUGUUACCCUGUAUAGCGUCAUAUCCUGUGUGUUACCCUAUAUAACGUCAUAUCCUGUGUUACCAUGUAUAGCGUCAUAUCCUGUGUGUUACCCUGUAUAGCGUCAUAUCCUGUGUUACCCUGUAUAGCGUCAUAUCCUGUGUGUUACCCUGUAUAGCGUCAUAUCCUGUGUUACCCUAUAUAGCGUCAUAUCCUGUGUGUUACCCUGUAUAGCGUCAUAUCCUGUGUUACCCUGUAUAGCGUCAUAUCCUGUGUUACCCUAUAUAGCGUCAUAUCCUGUGUGUUACCCUGUAUAGCGUCAUAUCCUGUGUGUUACCCUGUAUAGCGUCAUAUCCUGUGUGUUACCCUGUAUAGCGUCAUAUCCUGUGUUACCCUGUAUAGCGUCAUAUCCUGUGUUACCCUGUAUAGCGUCAUAUCCUGUGUGUGUUACCCUGUAUAGCGUCAUAUCCUGUGUGUUACCCUGUAUAGCGUCAUACCCUGUGUGUUACCCUGUAUAGCGUCAUAUCCUGUGUGUGUUACCCUGUAUAGCACUUUGAUUUAUAUUAAAUAUAAUGCAUAUUACAACUUUGAACAUCUUCUGUUCCCUCAGAUCGAUGUGGAUUCUGCAAACAGGGGCUUUCUCGGACAGAGACCAUUGUGAAAGCUGGUGAGCACCAUUAUCACGUGGCGUGUUUCACCUGCUCCAAGUGUGACCAGCAACUCCAAGGCCGCCAAUACUACGAGAGCGCUGGGAAGCCAUUGUGUGAAGAUUGCUAUGAGGUGUGUCUCGCACUAUAUAUUAUACGUGUGGAAAGAGUGAGGUCCGGCUUUCUAGUUAAUAUAAAACUGGGCCUGUGUGACGUCAGACCGUUUCUCUGGAUAUGUUGUGACAUCAGACCAUGUCUCUGGAUAUUACUUGAUGUCAGACCGUGUCUCUGGAUAUUUCUUGAUGUCAGACUGUGUCUCUGGAUUAGUUGUUACGUCAGACCUUGUCUCUGGAUAUUUCUUGACGUCAGACUGUUUCUCUGGAUAUCUUGUGGCGUCAGAUGGUUUCUCUGGAUAUCUUGUUGCGUCAGAUGGUUUCUCUGGAUAUGUUGUGACGUCAGACCGGGUCUCUGGAUUAGUUGUGACGUCAGAGCGUGUCUCUGGAUACUUCUUGAUGUCAGACCGUGUCUCUGGAUAUGUUGUGACGUCAAACCGUGUCUCUGGAUACUUCUUGAUGUCAGACCGUGUCUCUGGAUAUGUUGUGACGUCAGACCGUGUCUCUGGAUAUGUUGUGACGUCAGACCGUGUCUCUGGAUAUUUCUUGACGUCAGACCGUGUUCCUGGAUUAAGUGUGACGUCAGACCGUGUCUCUGGAUAUUUCUUGACGUCAGACCGUUUCUCUGGAUAUCUUGUGACGUCAGAUGGUUUCUUUGGAUGUCUUGUGACGUCAGACCGCGUGUCUGGAUAUGUUGUGACGUCAGACCGCGUGUCUGGAUAUGUUGUGACGUCAGACCGUGUGUCUGGAUAUGUUGUGACAUCAGACCGAGUGUCUGGAUAUGUUGUGACGUCAUACCGUGUCUCUAGAUUAGUUGUGACGUCAUACCCUAUCUCUGGAUAUAUUGUGAUGUCAGACCGUGUCUCUGGAUAUGUUGUGAUGUCAGACCGUUUCUCUGGAUAUUUCUUGACGUCAGACUGUUUCUCUGGAUAUCUUGUGACGUCAUAUGGUUUCUCUGGAUAUCUUGUGACGUCAGACCGCAUGUCUGGAUAUCUUGUGACAUCAGACCGCGUGUCUGGAUAUCUUGUGAUGUCAUACCGUGUCUCUAGAUUAGUUGUGACGUAAGACCAUGUCUCUGGAUAUAUUUUGACGUAAAACCAUGUCUCUGGGUUAGUUGUCACGUCAGACCUUGUCUCUGGAUUAGUUGUCACCUCAGACUGUCUCUGUCUGGAUUUGUUAUUGACUGUGCACAAAAUAUCCAGACAAAGACACGAGAAUUAGAAGAACUGACAACAAGAUUGUUUCAUUUAGGCCAUAAAAGAUGAGCUAGAAAAACAUUGUGGUGUUUUGUUUUUUUUGUUUGUUUUUUUUCUACCCUAAUUCUCCUGUUCUCCUGGCCUAUAAUUUCCAAUUCCCCAGGUAGUUCUCUAUAGUUGCUGUUUUAGGUGGGAAUCUUGUAAUCACACCCUGAGGGAUGUUCGAUUUGGUUGGUUUGAGGUCCUACAUUCCUUUUUUGUACGUGAUUUUGAUAUUUUGACUGUGAGGUCAUGGUUUAUCCUAUCGGAUACACUAAAGCUAUUCUACUGGACAAGUUGAAGCUAUGUAUCCUAUUGUAUAUGCUGGAAUUGUAAAGUCAUAUUGUAUCAAUUUGGAAAUGUGGGCUCUGUGUGGACAUGCUGUAACAUUUUGGGGUUGUGAUAGUUUUAAGUCUCUCUCUGAAGUUGUUUUGACUGUGUGUCUGUAGAUGGUUGGUUUGUGAGGCCAGACUGUGUGUCUGAAGAUGGUUGGCUUAUGAGGUCAGACUGUGUGUCUGGAGAUGGUUGGUUUGUGAGGUCAGACUGUGUGUCUGGAGAUGGUUGGUUUGUGAGGUCAGACUGUGUGUCUGAAGAUGGUUGGUUUGUGAGGUCAGACUGUGUGUCUGAAGAUGGUUGGCUUAUGAGGUCAGACUGUGUGUCUGGAGAUGGUUGGUUUGUGAGGUCAGACUGUGUGUCUGGAGAUGGUUGGUUUGUGAGGUCAGACUGUGUGUCUGAAGAUGGUUGGUUUGUAAGGUCAGACUGUGGGUCUGAAGAUGGUUGGCUUAUGAGGUCAGACUGUGUGUCUGGAGAUGGUUGGUUUGUGAGGUCAGACUGUGUGUCUGGAGAUGGUUGGUUUGUGAGGUCAGACUGUGUGUCUGGAGAUGGUUGGUUUGUGAGGUCAGACUGUGUGUCUGGAGAUGGUUGGUUUGUAAGGUCAGACUGUGUGUCUGAAGAUGGUUGGUUUGUGAGGUCAGACUGGGUGUCUGAAGAUGGUUGGUUUGUGAGGUCAGACUGGGUAUCUGAAGAUGGUUGGUUUGUAUGGUCAGACUGUGUGUCUGAAGAUGGUUGGCUUAUGAGGUCAGACUGUGUGUCUGGAGAUGGUUGGCUUAUGAGGUCAGACUGUGUGUCUGGAGAUGGUUGGUUUGUGAGGUCAGACUGUGUGUCUGAAGAUGGUUGGUUUGUGAGGUCAGACUGGGUGUCUGAAGAUGGUUGGUUUGUGAGGUUAGACUGUGUGUCUGAAGAUGGUUGGUUUGUGAGGUUAGACUGGGUGUCUGAAGAUGGUUGGUUUGUGAGGUCAGACUGUGUGUCUGAAAAUGGUUGGCUUAUGAGGUCAGACUGUGUGUCUGGAGAUGGUUGGUUUGUGAGGUCAGACUGUGUGUCUGGAGAUGGUUGGUUUGUGAGGUCAGACUGUGUGUCUGGAGAUGGUUGGUUUGUGAGGUCAGACUGUGUGUCUGAAGAUGGUUGGUUUGUGAGGUCAGACUGGGUGUCUGAAGAUGGUUGGUUUGUGAGGUCAGACUGGGUAUCUGAAGAUGGUUGGUUUGUAUGGUCAGACUGUGUGUCUGGAGAUGGUUGGUUUGUAAGGUCAGACUGUGUGUCUGGAGAUGGUUGGCUUAUGAGGUCAGACUGUGUGUCUGGAGAUGGUUGGUUUGUGAGGUCAGACUGGGUGUCUGAAGAUGGUUGGUUUGUGAGGUUAGACUGGGUGUCUGAAGAUGGUUGGUUUGUGAGGUUAGACUGGGUGUCUGAAGAUGGUUGGUUUGUAAGGUCAGACUGUGUGUCUGAAGAUGGUUGGUUUGUGAGGUCAGCCUGGGUGUCUGAAGAUGGUUGGUUUGUAAGGUCAGCCUGGGUGUCUGAAGAUGGUUGGUUUGUAAGGUCAGACUGGGUGUCUGAAGAUGGUUGGUUUGUGAGGUCAGACUGUGUGUCUGGAGAUGGUUGGUUUGUAAGGUCAGACUGUGUGUCUGAAGAUGGUUGGUUUGUGAGGUUGGUUUGUGAGGUCAGACUGUGUGUCUGAAGAUGGUUGGUUUAUAUCGGAGCUCUGUGUAGGAGGUGAGCUAUGUGUGGGAUUAUAUCAGAGCUCUGUGCACAGGUGAUCUGUGUGUGGGAUUAUAUCGGAGCAGUGUGUGGGAUUAUAUCAGAGCUCUGUGCAGGACGUGAGCUAUGUGGGGAUUAUAUCGGAGCUCUGUGCAGGAGGUGAGCUGUGUGUGGCAUCAUAUCAGAGCUCUGUGCAGGAGGUGAGCUGUAUGUGAUUAAAUUGGAGCUCUGUGCAGGAGGUGAGCUGUGUGUGGGAUUAUUUUGGAGCUCUGUGCAGUAGGUGAGCUGUGUGUGGGAUUAUUUCGGAGCUCUGUGCAGGAGGUGAGCUGUGUGUGGGAUUAUAUUGGAGCUCUGUACACAGGUGAGCUGUGUGUGAGAUUAUAUUGGAGCUCUGUACACGGGUGAGCUGUGUGUGGGAUUAUAUUGGAGCUCUGUGCAGGAGGUGAGCUGUGUGUGGGAUUAAAUCUGAGCUCUGUGUGUGGGAUUAUAUCGGAGCUGUGUGUGGGAUUAUAUCUGAGCUCUGUGCACGGGUGAGCUGUGUGUGGGAUUAUAUCGGAGCUCUGUGCACGGAUGAACUGUGUGGGGGAUUAUAUCGGAGCUCUGUGCAGGAGGUGAGCUGUGUGUGGGAUUAAAUUGGAGCUCUGUACAGCUGUGUGGAAUUAUCUAGAGCUUGGUACUAGGAGGAGCUAUGUGUGUGACUGUUUUGGAGCUCUGUGCAGGGAGUGAUCAGUGUGUAAGAUUCUGUUUGAGCUCUGUGACUGAUUCCAUCUUCCUUGCUCUCUGUUAGGACACGUUAGAGCGCUGUGCAGUAUGUGAUAAGAAGAUUACAGAACGCCUGCUGAAAGCGAUGGACAAAGCGUAUCACCCUGGCUGCUUUACCUGUGCCGUCUGCCAUUGCACUCUCCAGGGAGUGCCGUUUAUCGUGGACGACAAUAAUCAACCUCAUUGUGUGGCAGACUAUCACAGGUCUCUCUCUCUCUUAUCUUUCUGUAUUUCUUACUUUAAUUCCCAUGGGUAAUCUGGGCUGGAAAAUAGCAACAACCAAUCGAUAAUAAAAGGUAAAAAAAGAUACAUGCGCCAUAAAUUCCCAGACGUUUCAAAGUCACCAGCCAAUCAGAAUGCGCUAUUAACUUUUCUGUUACUCUGUACAAAAUGCUGACUUUUCCCCUUAAUUCGCCAUAAAAUGUCUUUAUGGGCAGAGCAGGGGGUUAACACACAGAAUAUAUAGACGAUAAACUACACAAAAUGCCGCCUGCAAGAAAUGCAGCUAAUCGGGCUGAGAGCUAUAAAAUGUAUAAAUGUUGUUAUGUUAUUAAGCUGUUUCCCUCCCUCUCACAGGAGGUACGCCCCUCGCUGCUCUGUCUGCGGUGAGCCCAUCGCCCCCGAGCCUGGCCGAGACGAGACUGUGAGAGUAUUUGCCCUGGAAAGAAACUUUCACAUGAUGUGUUAUAAGUGUGAGGUGAGACCCUUCGCAAAGUAUAACUCCUAUCACUCCAUUACGUCAGCUGCAUGAUGGAUCCGAGGAUUGCGAAAAAUAGGAAACUAAUGUUUCUAAUUCCUCUCAAUGGAUCAUUCACUUCUAAUAAUAUAGACAUUUCAUGUAAAAUUUAAAUGAACACUAUAAGGCAAGGAACACAAACAUGUAUUCCUGACUCUAUAGUGUUAAAACCAUCGUCUACCCUCCUGGCCCCCUUUGCCUCCCUAAAUAUAGUAAAAUCUUACUUGUUUUCAAGUCUGCAGCUGCUUGCUCUGCCCCUCUCUGCCUUUGACCUGCCUGCUGUCUGCUGAGAUCAGGAGUGGUGGUCUGAGCCAAUCACUAUGCUUCCCCAUACAAUUGGCUGAGACUGUCAAGGAGGCAGAUCAGGGACAGAGCCAGCACAAGUCAAUAACAGCCCUGGCCAUUUAGCAUCUCCUCAUAGAGAUACAUUGAAUCAAUGAAUAUCUAUGAGGAAAGUUCAGUGUCUGCAUGCAGAGAGUGGAAACACUGAAUGGCAGUGCUGCUUACAUCUGAGGAGUGGCCAGUGGAGGUAUCCCUAGGCUGUAAUGUAAACACUGCAUUUUUUCUGAAAAUACUGUGUUUACAGCAAAAAGCCUGAAGGUAAUGAUUCUACUCACCAGAACAAAUUCAAUAAGCUGUAGUUGUUCUGGUGACUAGUGUGUCCCUUCAAAUACACACAACAAUUAUUUCAUUGUAAAUCAGGGAUGUGUUCUAUGUAGUUAUAGUUAUUCAUUAUAAAUUGAAUUUUCUAAAUAUGAGCUCUCACUUUAAAUUGUCAAGGGAUUCAGUGGGGUAAAAAGAAAAUAUACCAUAGACUGGGAUAGGGGAAUAUGAAUAUAUUUGCUGGAAAAGCACAGAAAUAUAUUAAAGAGACACUGUAGGCACUAUUUCAACUCAUUGGACUGGUAAUAGUGCCCGGAGUCCUCUGGCACUGUCCCUCCAUGCAGUGUUAAACCAUUCCACUUCAUUUAAGUGGUUAUAGUGCUUGUAGUCCCCAGACACUGUUCCUCUAUUUAGUGUUAAACAAUUUUCGAGCAGUUUAACACUGAGUGACCACUGGAUGUGUGACUAAGACAGAGAUUGCCCCCUUCCUUCUAGCCAUACCAAUUCAUCCUGACACCCCUCUUCCAACCUCUCUCUUGCAGGACUGCGGUAUUCCUCUCUCCGUGGAGGCAGACGAUUCUGGCUGUUUCCCUUUCAAUAACCACGUCUUGUGUAAGAAAUGCUACACUGUGCAGGCCCGUGCCGCACUCUGAUGCUCCUACGGCAGCCAUCUAACCUACACUCAGGAACUGGCCACCAAAGACUCCUGGACCCUGGAACCACUCCGUCCAUUUUGCUGCUUGUAACGUAGAUCAGUGUUAUGAUAAAAAACAGUUUACAGCUUCUUCAGAGACUGCUAGUCAAGUGCUGGUUAGUGGUUCAUCAGCUACUAGCCAUUAGUUAGUACAUUUUAUCUGAUAGCAAGCCGGAACACAGCUUGUGCCCAUAAGUGCCAGCACCUAUUCCUAUAUACUUUUUUAUAAUUCUGUAUAAAAUUCUGUUUAGUUUUUUUGAUGUUUAUUUUUAUUGUUUUGUAUUUUUUUAAAUCUUUUAGAAUUUUUCUUUCUUUGAUCUAUGCACCUUUAUUCCUGGGGGGGUUGGGGGGAUGGAGCCAAUCAGAGGGCAAUGAAUGUGAUUGGAGGGCUGGGCAAGAUUUAUUAACCCCUUUCAGGGUAAUAUUUCAGAUGAGCACAGUCGCCUGCUGUGAUUGGGAUUUACAGGCCAUUCUAAUGAGUGCAAGUAUCGUUGUAUCGACUGUCAAGAUAUUGCGUGUCUAUGGUAGAAUUGAUUUUGAAGAAUAGAGGAAGGCCUGGUGAUGAGUGUGAGAGCCAAGACAGAUUGAUACGUUAUUUUUUACAUUUGGGAGGGAUUUCAGAUAACCAAUAAAGCAUUUUAUACAAAUAACCACUUGUGUAUAACCCUUUUCUUUUAAUAUAUCAAAACAGACUAUACCUGGUUAGGAGAGCAAGGGGGAUAUUAAAUGAAUCUCCUAAUGUUACUCAUACAGGGAGGUGCAGAUCGCUAAGCCAUGACGCCAUAAAUACCACUAAGCACAUGGAUUUCAUUGGUCUAUUAAAUUCUAUUAAUUCCCAACUGAUCAAAUAAACAAUGUACGACAAUGUAAUUUGAGGAGAGCCUGUUUAUUGGUUACAAGAAGAAAAAAAAACAUUAGAACAAAUAGAAGAAUGUUACAGUAAUGGAGGGCCCAACACCUGUUUCUACAUGUUUAGACAUGGCACUAAUGAUUGUGUAUGUUACAGGUGGUGACUGUAUCUGCUGUAUAUGUGUUACUGGUUAGUGUCUGUUGUAGGGUAGACAUGUGGUGGUGGAUCAACGUUGUGUUAAAAACUAAAAGAAAGGUCAUAAUAUUUCCACUGGUAAACUCGCCCACCAGGCCUGGAUCUGAUGGUUUCCAGUGACGUUGUGCCACCUCGCGACACCAUUUCUCAGUGUGGGACUCCAGGUUAUGUCUCCCCUACCCCCCAUGCUGAAUGUUUAAGACAAUUGCCAUAAAUGCUCAGCCUCCCUUCUUUAACCCAAUGCCUAAAACCGACCCUAUGAUAACACAUAUUAUAUGCCUCGUUGCUUCACUCUCUCAUUUGCCCUAUUAAAUUUACUCCCUUCAGAACCCAGAAAGCAAACUCUUAAAGGGAUAACAAUAUAUACAAAAAACUUAUGUGGAUUAUAGGAAAAAAUUACAUUUAGUGAAAAUUUGCAGAACUGGCUUGUGCUGUUAACGCUGGGCAUUGCCCAAUCAAAUGCUUCUCAUAGACAAG